AUGGUCCUCCAGGAUCUCGGGCGGCGCAUCAACGCCGCCGUCAAUGACCUGACCCGGUCCAACAAUCUGGACGAGAAGGCCUUUGAUGACAUGCUGAAAGAAAUCUGCGCCGCCCUAUUAUCGGCCGACGUCAAUGUGCGCCUUGUCCAGUCGCUGCGCAAAUCGAUUAAAUCAAGCGUGAAUUUCGCCUCCCUACCCUCCGCCGUCAACAAGAAACGUCUCAUCCAGAAGGCCGUCUUUGAUGAACUGGUCGCCCUCGUCAACCCCCAUGCCGAGCCCUUCCGUCCUAAGAAGGGCAGAUCCAAUGUCAUCAUGUUUGUGGGUUUGCAGGGUGCCGGUAAGACGACGACGUGUACCAAGCUGGCGAGACACUACCAGAUGCGCGGAUUCAAGACAGCGCUGGUCUGCGCGGAUACCUUCCGUGCCGGUGCGUUCGACCAGCUGAAGCAGAACGCGACCAAAGCCAAGAUCCCGUACUACGGAAGUCUGACCCAGACGGACCCCGCGGUCGUGGCCGCCGAGGGUGUCGCCAAGUUCAAGAAGGAGCGCUUCGAGAUCAUCAUUGUUGAUACCAGUGGUCGCCACAAGCAAGAGGAGGAGCUCUUUACGGAAAUGACUCAGAUCCAAACGGCGGUCACCCCGGACCAGACAAUCCUGGUUCUGGACAGCACUAUCGGUCAGGCCGCGGAGGCGCAGUCCGCCGCCUUUAAGGCUACUGCUGAUUUUGGAGCCAUCAUCAUCACGAAGACGGACGGUCAUGCCGCGGGUGGUGGUGCCAUUUCGGCCGUCGCGGCCACCCACACGCCCAUCAUCUUCCUGGGUACCGGCGAACACAUGAUGGACCUGGAGCGGUUCGAGCCCAAGGCGUUCAUCCAGAAGCUCCUGGGCAUGGGUGAUAUGGCCGGGCUGGUUGAGCACGUCCAGGCCGUGACCAAGGAUUCGGCUGCGGCCAAGGAGACCUACAAGCACAUUUCGGAGGGUAUCUACACGCUCCGCGAUUUCCGUGAAAACAUCACCUCGAUCAUGAAGAUGGGUCCUCUGUCCAAGCUCUCCGGCAUGAUCCCGGGUCUGUCCAAUCUGACCGCCGGCCUGGACGACGAGGAUGGCUCGAUGAAGCUGCGCCGCAUGAUCUACAUCUUCGACAGCAUGACGGCAUCCGAGCUCGACGGCGACGGCAAGGUCUUCGUGGAGCAGCCCAGCCGCAUGGUCCGGAUCGCCUGUGGCAGCGGCACCACCGUGCGCGAGGUGGAGGAUCUGCUCUCGCAGCACCGCAUGAUGGCCGGCAUGGCCAAGCGCGUCGGCGGCCAGAAGAAGCAGAUGCAGCGCGCCCAGAACAUGCUCAAGGGCGGGAACAAGGAGCAGCAGCUCGCGGCGAUGCAGAAACGCAUGGCCUCCAUGGGUGGUGCCGGCGGCAUGCCCGGCAUGCCCGGUAUGGGUGAUAUCGGCAAGAUGAUGCAGAUGCUCCAGGGCCAGGGAGGCGGCGGCGGCGGUAUGCCCGGCUUGGGCGGCAUGGAUCUCCAGGCAAUGAUGAGCCAGAUGGGCGGGUUGAUGGGUGGCGGUGGACGGGGACGGGGACGCUGA